UAGGUGGACGAUUCAUCGUAACGUCUCAAGGAGAUUUACAUAUCAAAUCAGCGAGGCAGGACGAUAGUCGUGCAACAUAUUCCUGCCUAACCAGGCACUCCCUUACCGGUGAGACAAAAAAAAGUGAACCAGCAUCUCUAACCGUCACGGAGCCGAGUAGCACAAUGCCACCUAAGUUAAUGCAGCGCUCGCAAAUUGCUAUUUCCGCAGAAAGGGAUUCCGAUGUACACCUCACGUGCUCGGCACAGGGUAACCCUCCACCACAAUUUACCUGGUAUCGUGACGUCAACGGGCGCUCAGUGGCGGUGGAGUCCUAUGGCAGGAUUCAGCUCUGGGGCGACCUCAUGCGUAUCCGCCGAGUCGACGUUCAAGACGCCGGCAGAUACGUCUGCAGUGCACGCAAUCAAUUUGGAGAGCAACAAGCGGAGACUCAUCUGUCUGUUACUUCAAAAUUGAACGCUCGUAUUCAACCACAACUCCAGGUUGCAAACUCAGGACAGACAGCGACGAUGAACUGCACCGUGGAGGGUUUUCCAAUCGAGAGUGUAGAGUGGCUUCACGAUGGUCUGCCAGUCCUUAUUGCUCAAGAUACAAGAGUACGACUCCCAGCGCCUCUCAUCCUCGUCAUCGGUGGUAUUGGCAGACGUGACAAAGGCAUGUACCAAUGCCUCGUCAGGAGCGACAAAGAAAAUGCACAGGCGACAUCCGAACUUCGACUCGGCGAUACGAUCCCGGAACUGCAAUACACUUUUAUCGAGCAAACUUUACGACCAGGACCACCUGUAUCCUUGAGGUGUUCCGCGACUGGUUCGCCACCGCCUUCUUUCACGUGGUUACUUGAUGGUGAUCCAUUAAACGAAAUAGCUUCCAGUCACAGAUAUGCCAUUGGCCAGUACGUAGAUCAGUCAGGAGACGUGAUUAGCCAUUUAAACAUUACCGCGACGACGACGGAGGACGGCGGUCUGUACGCUUGCAUUGCUUCGAACACGUUGGCUUCUGUCGAGCAUAAAGCAAGGCUCAACAUAUGGGGACCUCCAUACAUACGAUUACGGAUCGGACCAGUGCGUGCGAUCGCUGGACGAGACAUCAGCAUAGCCUGCCCGUAUUCCGGAUAUCCUAUAACUUCCGUUAAAUGGUCGCGAGACGGUCCGACUCUACCGCCGUAUCCAAGAUACAAGGUCGACAACGAGGGCCACCUGACCGUCAUGGAAGUCACUCCCAACGAUCAGGGCACUUACACUUGUACCGUCCAUGCGGGCUCCGGACAAACUGCCAGCAGGGACAUCCACGUCGAAGUUCAAACUCCUCCCGUUAUAAGUCCGCUCAACUUCCCCCCAAAUCUACAAAAAGGCAGUCGAGCUCAGAUCACCUGCAGUAUCACCUCCGGUGAUCUCCCCAUUCAUUUCUCUUGGCUGAAAGAUGGAGAACCUUUACCAUCGUCUCUUAACAUCGAGGAGAAGCGCGACGAGUUCUACAGCUUCCUUGUAUUUAAAGAAGUCUCGUCGCGACACAGCGGCAAUUACACGUGCAUCGCGACUAACAAAGCGGCGAAAGUUAACGAGACGACGGAGCUGCUGGUGAAGGUGCCGCCUCAGUGGAUAUUCGAGCCUCAGAACGUGUCGAGCCUCCUUGGCAACGCUCUCUACGUACAUUGCAAAGCCACCGGCUUCCCACCGCCGCAGAUCACGUGGUUGCGCGGCCACGCGCGCACCUCCAACGAUUUUCAACUGCUUACGGAAAUGAUGGAUGGUCGACUGACGAUUUUACCCAACGGCACCUUGUGGACGACCUCGGCCGGGCCUCAGCACGAAGGUCAUUACUUGUGCCGGGCGAAUAACAGCAUUGGCUCAGGACUUAGCAAAGUCAUAUACGUCUCCGUUAACGAACCUGCGAGGUUUGAAUUUCAAAGCAAGAACGUGACGAUUCGUCGAGGCGAAUCAGUUAUACUGGAUUGUACUGUGAUUGGUGACAACCCCAUAAACGUUCAAUGGAUGCACAAUAAUAAUCGCCUCAAUACAAACGUCCAUCGGCUCACCAUAAGCCAAGUUAAAACUGAUAAUGGAUUGAAAUCACAACUGUCUAUCGGUUUGAGCGAUCGGCAAGAUUCGGGAGCUUACAGAUGCACCGCGGAUAACGAUUAUGGCCGAAGCGAACAUUUCAUCUAUCUCGCCGUACAAGAAAUGCCAGAUCCACCAUCAGCUUUGGAAGUGAUUGAGAUUGGCUCACGAUCGAUUAAACUUUCGUGGAACAAAGCCUUUGAUGGGAAUAGUCCAAUUCGAGAGUACAUUAUCCAAUAUCAACCUGUCUCUCAUGGUAUUCUAGAAGACGAUUGGGAGCUAACAAAAGUACAUAAUAUAUCCCAUAUACCGAAUUCCUUCUACGAUCUGGGAACAAAUCCAACACAAAAUAGUAUACCUCGUUACGUAGCAACGAAUGAAAAUCAGGAAAUUGCUCUUGUUGGCGGCUUACAUCCAGCAGUCACAUACAAAUUUCGUGUUUUUGCAAUUAAUUUUAUCGACUCGAGUGAGCCAACUAGAUUAGCCGUAGCAAAAACUCAAGAAGAAGCCCCCACAGAACCACCGCAGAAUAUUAAAGUAUCUUCUGCUGGUCCAGGUGAACUAAUAAUCAGCUGGGAGGCUCCGCCCAAAGAAUCUUGCAACGGGGACCUUUUAGGUUAUAUCGUUACCUGGUCCGAACAAUCAUCUUCGACUUCGGGUGUUAAUCAAAGUAAGAGCCUGAAUGUCAAUGGAUGGGCAACGAAUAAAGUUCAGUUAACAGGAUUAAGGAACUUUACCAAAUACGAUAUAUCUAUCAGAGCAUUCAAUAGUAUUGCCAGUGGACCAUCUAGCGUUCCUAUUACUGGUACAACUCAAGAAGGAGUUCCAAGUGCACCACCAUCGAGUGUCGCCUGUUUGUCUUUCACAUCUCAAAGCGUAAAAGUCCAAUGGAAAACUCCACCUGCUCAUCAUCACGGCGGAAUUAUUCGCGGCUACAAAGUUUUUUAUAGGCCCGUACCUACCGAUAACAUGGAAAUCUCUACUACGGGGGAAAUAAAGAAGACUGCCAGCGACGAAACUUACCUUCACACAUUAUACAAAUAUACGAAUUAUUCUAUUCGUGUAUUGGCAUACACCGAGGCUGGAGACGGCGUUUUAAGUAAAUCAAUUUAUUGCGCCACGAAAGAAGAUGUACCGGGUCCUCCUGCUGGUAUUAAAGCUUUGGCAUUGUCAUCGGACUCUAUACUAGUUUCAUGGCUUCCACCAUUACAACCAAACGGUCGAGUUUCCAAAUAUACCGUUUAUUUUAGAGAAGCGGGUUCGAGCAGGCACAAUACGUAUACAAUAAACGAGCCUCCGGUGUCGUCGUCCGAUACAUUAACCAAAGAAUUGCGCGAAUUCAAUGAACGGCAACUUUAUGAGUUUUGGGUGACUGCGUCAACGGCGCCCGGAGAAGGGGAAUCUACCAUUGUGGUCUCUCAAAAGACCGAUACGCAAGGUAACGCAGCACCGGCCAGAGUUGCGUCGUUUUCUCAAAUUCUGAAGAAACCUAUAAAAUCCUCGGUAACGCUGUCUUGUAUAGUUGUUGGUAAUCCAACUCCCAGACCACUGUGGACGUACAGAAAUAGUCAAGUUACCAAGAGCAAACAUCAUGAGAUAACCUCUGAUGGACAUUUAAAAAUUCACGCGUUAGAGCAGUCGGUUGCUGGCAACUAUACGUGCUCAGUUAGUAAUACAUAUGGAGAUGAUUCGAUAACUUACACGUUAAUUGUUGUUAUGACACCAAGAGCGCCUACUUUAGAAUUACAAUAUACUACUAUCGACAGUAUUAAACUUUAUUGGAAUCACCCGGACAACGGCGGAGCCAACAUUCAAGGUUAUGUAUUAAGUUAUAAGAAAGAUAAAGGCGGAUGGGAGGAAAUUGCCUUAUCUCCAGAACAUACGGAAUUGUCCUUAACUGGACUCAAAUGCGGAUCAUCGUAUGUUGCCCACUUAACGGCGCAAAACCGUGUUGGCACUGGAGAUCCCAGUCCAUUGAUAAGCGCUACCACGAAGGGCACAGCUCCGCUAAUACCGAAAGAGCGAGACACAGUUAUUGCCAAUGCGACGUCGGUGCGCCUCUACCUAUUAAAUUGGCCAAACGGUGAUUGUCCUAUCGACUACUACACCGUAGAGUUUCGUAAAAAGAUGGUCACGGAACAAUGGAAUCUUGUUACCAGUCAGGCAACGGACAACAUCAUCAUCCGAGACCUGAAACCUGCGACCUGGUACAGCCUGAGACUGACAGCGCACAACGACGCCGGAUCGACGCAAGCACUCAUGGACUUCGCAACAACGACUAUUAGUGGCGUAAGCAUCGGGCCACCCGACGACCUUAUCACGGACGAGAACUCGAUAAGGUCGGCUUCAAGCUACAAGGUCAUCUACGUUGUUAUCCCCCUGAUCUGCGCGAUCAUCCUCAUCAUAUCUGCCGUUGUUCUCGGCUACGUCAUGCUCAAGCGUAACGGCAGAGGUUCUUAUUUAGGAGAUAUCUUACCUGGGCAACAACAAACUGGAUUAGGCAUAAAUGCACAGCAUCAAGUGCAUCAUCAUCUAUCAAAUUGUAUGUCCACGGUUCAAAUGAAAUCAACGGCUGAAAGGGACAACAGGCGAAAUCAUCAAGUCUAUACAAGUUCACCGGUUAAGCAAGAUAAUCAUAAGCCACCUGUAGAUCAUGGAUCUGAAAUGUACGAAAUCAGUCCGUACGCAACAUUUAGUGUACCCGGAAGAGAAAAUCGAUCCGUCACAACGGCCACCCUGGACUACACGAUGCAAUUCAAGACGUUUGGCCAUUUAGAGAACGAAGAUAUCAACACUAUCGAUUACGAACGCUCGAGCGUGGAUUUUGAGAGAUCGAAAACACCAAGGUGGCACAAGCAAAGAUACUUUCCGAGUAUCGCGGAAACGGAGAGUAAGAUGAGGAACAAUCGUCAAGGAUCGGGUAGUGACACGUCAGGUAGUCCUUGCGGAGAGUGCGCCGGGCCUAGUUACAGAGUUCCCGUUAAACCGUGCAGAGAUGUGUUUUCGCGUGGUGUGGAGUCAAGCACCGAAUCCAACAACGAAGGCUCGCCAUCACUGGCAAGGCGUCGCAAUCGUCAACCUAGCGGCCGUUCGAGUCGAAGGUAGCCAAGUUCUGUGGAGGACCUGACGCUGCUGCCGCCAUGCGGUUUCAGCGAUAGCCGCGAACUGAUCGAAGGAGAUUGCGAGCGAAGUAGCGAAAAUCGCGAUUGGCAGGGGCAGUCCAUCGGUAUUCGUCACGGCGGCAGCCUCGGCAGACUACCCAUCGAGGCUGUUGAGAGUAUGUUUGCUAGUUUCAUGGAGAGAUUGUAAAUUACGACAACAUAAUCGAGAAGAAGGUGAGCACGGAAGUGAAAUUUAUUUUAAAAAUAAUAUUUCGUGCGCGCCC